UCGACCACAUUCAUUGUAAACUGCAAGUGUUCUAAUUGUAAAAUUCUAGUUCAUGUAUUGAUAAUAAUUUUUUUGAGCUUGGUAUUACCUGGUACUUUAUUUACACUUUAUAACCUUUUAACUUUCUUAAAGAUUUUGUUUUAAUCUCAGCAAGGUAAAAUGAAUUUUAUGAAACAUACUGCUUAAAAAAAAUAAUGUUGGUAAUAUUGUAAUUUUUUUUUGAAAAGGUAAAUGAAAAAGCUGGUUUGUCACCUGGGAAGUUUACCAAGAAGUAUGCAGCAAAACAGUUAAAGCAUCGUCUGCAGGCAGAGGAGAGAUCCAAGCUACCCUCAACAAAGAGAAGAAGAAUCCAGUUGAAGCAGGAAAGAAAUAAUACGCAAUGUGCAUUUCAGGCACUCGAGGGUGACACAUAUCAAUCAGAGAUAGGAUUAGAGGAUGAGGUUGACAUUGUACAGAUACCGGAUCCUGUUCCUCGUGGUGUCUUUAAACCCAUCACAUUAUCGAGUGGAUCUCCCUCCCUUGUGGUAUUUGAUUUAGAGACCACUGAUCUGAUUCGAGGAAGACAGAUGCCACAUAUUACUCAACUUGCUGCAGUUGAAUUGGAUACGGGAUCUCUGUACAACACAUAUAUUCUUCCAAAGGUGCCCAUUUCAGAGGAAGCAAUGAACACUACUGGCAUUGUAGUGAAUUCCGACUUAGAAAAAAUGACUGUCCACGGUAGGGAGGUUGAUGCAGUUAACAUUAUAUCUGGACUAACAGAGUUUGUGGAAUGGAUAAAGAAUUUUUCAAAUGUUAUAUUGGUAGCACAUAAUGGAAGGAAAUUCGACUUCCCUGUACUUAUGAGUACCUUACGCUGUUUAAACAUGACAGACACACUGCUUCCUGUUGUUUCUGGGUUUAUUGACUCCCUGAGUGUGUUCAAGAAAGCCUUUCCUGGACAGCAGAAUUACAAGCAAGAGACACUAGUGAAAGCGGUACUCAACACUAGCUACGCUGCCCAUGAUGCUACAGAAGAUGUUAAAACCUUCAGGCCAGGCCUGGGUUUUCUCUACAAAGCGUGUUCUUGACUCUGUUAUUCCAAAACUUGUGGAAUAUUUUGCAAAAAAAAUGAUGUAAACUGACAUUAUGAGAAAUUGCAGAUGAUAUUUUUGCAACCAAUUUUGUGAACUAUAUGCAUUACUCUAGUUUCGUACAGUAAUUUGUAAUUAAUUUUUUUUUGAAGGUCAAGAUUAAAUUUAUUUACAUGAAUGUCAAGGUUAAAAAUAAAUACCCAGUAUUAGGUUUAAUAGAUUGAAAAAAAAAGUGUAAAACUUUUUUGUAGUAUGCUGUGAUGAUAUAAUUUUUGAAGGUUUUAUCAGUAAUAGUUUUAAGUAAAGGUCGUCAAAUUUAAAGGUCAAGGUCAUUGAAAAACACCUCACUCAGUUAUUUAUGACAUUGCUUCUUCAUCA